UAUAAUGCCUAACCUCUCCACAGAAUACCCCAAUGUUUACUUAUCAAAACGAGAAAGUCCUUAUCUUCUAUCCGUAAUUACGCCUCAAAUCAAAGAAAUAUAUGUAUCAGAAAGCUUGUUUUUCUGUGGAGUUCUAGUCUGUUUAUGCUAGAAGCAAAAAUUUCUUCAUAUUAUGGAUAACUCGAUAGAAGAGGAUCGUCUGCUGACGUCCACUCCGAUUCAGAGUCUGGAUGUACCACAUCUUCUGGAUCCGGGUGAGAAUCUUUCGGAUAGCAAAAGCGAUGAUCGGGACACCCCGGAUUUUGUCGUCAGACUUGGUACUUCCUUGGCCAGGUCAGAAGCAGAGUCACAGUACAAACUUCUGCUAAAAGAAUUCUCACUUAGACCUUUGGAAUCACAAAAGAUUCCCAAACAACAAUCAUCCAUUAACUCAGGUACAACCAGUAUCCGGAGCUCCGGCCGUGUUUCACCGGUUCGACGUCGGAGCUCCGUAAUUUCCAUCGGUAACGACCUUCGCCGGAGUUCUGUGACGUCAGUGACUGGGGAGCAGCAUCUCCGGAUGUUGAGUCGAGGACUUGGUCGUCUGCAGAGGAGGAGGAGAAUGUCUACCAAAGGUCUACUGUUCCCUCCCCUGCCCUCACCCCAGGAGGACCUCUCUCCGCGGGAACCGGCCAUUGUCAAGUUCAGAAGAAUCGCCAGGAGUGUUCUAAUUGUAUCCGGGAUUUGGAUUUGGUUAAAGAGAUACACUCUAAAACCCAACACCAGUGAAUGGUCAUUCAUGGAGAUGUACAUACAUUUACGGGAUGAUAUGAACCAAGUCCUAGCCUUCAAUCCCAAUACGUACGGCAAAUUUGAACCACUAAGAGACAAGUUGAAAGAACUACUCUCCAUACCCAAAGAACGAAGAACUCUGCAGAACAUUCAAGUGAUAAUGGCUCUGAUGAGGGACAACGCCUCCUUUCAGGACUAUCCCGUACACACACAGAUACAACUGGCCCGCUGUAUGCAGUACCAAAGUUACGAGGCACGCCGAGUGAUUUUGAAGCAGGGCCACCCUCCGUCCAUGUUUUACAUCAUGUUGACAGGCACAGCCAUAGUGAACAUCCUUGACGAAGAUCCGCGAACGGGAAACAAAUUCGUCCGAACAGUUCACGAACUUAACGGUGGGGACACGUUUGGGGAGAUUUCUUUGAUACACGGGGGACUCCGCACAGCCUCCAUCAUUUGUAAAACAACGUGUGAGUUUCUAGUCGUUUUGAAAGAGGAUUUCGAUGUCAUAAUCAAGGAGCCACUGCGAAAACAAAAAGAACAAAACGUAGAAUUCUGCAAAUCACUGAUGUUGUUCAAAGAUUUCCCUUGCGACAAAGCUUUCCAGCACAACACAAGCCAGUUUUUCUAUCAAUAUUUCAAACCUGAUGAUGUCAUUGUCAGAGACAGUCUGGAAAGUAAAUACAUCAUUGUCGUUAAAGCGGGUAAAUGUAAAAUUGUGAGCGAUUUCCAAAGUCGAAAAUCAGAGACACGGCCAGACAGGAUCAGAAAGAUGUUUGAACCCGAGGUGGAAGAGGCCUUUCCCUUGUAUACAACUAUGAAAAAGAUACAAGCAAUGGACUCUUGUCCAAGAACAGAUAACAAACCCAGUUCCAGAGACAAAUUUCGGAUUGGGUUAUUGACGGGUACGAUAGACAGAGACAAGCUGGUGAGCAGCGUAUCAACCCGUGUGUCGGUACGUAUAGAACUGAAAAAGAUUGGUCUAAUACGAUAGAUAUAGACAAGUUGGUAAGCAGCGUAUCACCCAGGGUGUCAGUACGUGUAGGACUGAAUAUAACGGUCUGUUACGAUAGGUACUAGAAAAAGAGAAGAUGGUGAGCAGCGUAUCAGCCCGGGUGUCGGUAGGUACAGGAGGGAAUAAGAU